AAUAUAAUUACUGUAGAGGCAGCAGGCAAUUACAUUAUUUCAUUACAAGCUAUGUCUGAUUUCUGUAAAGUUUAUACUAAACAGGUAGUUGUCGACUUACUACCAUUUGUUUAGUGAACAUUCAAAAUUACAAUGUUACUGAAAAAGUGACUUAUGACCGGUUUUGAUAUUUAUAACCGUUGCAGCAUCCCCACAGUCAUAUGACAGUUGCCGUGUCCCUUGGUCAUGUGAUCACUUUUUGUCCCCUUCUGACAAGCAAAGUCUAUGAGGAAGCCAGAUUCACUAGACAACCAUGUUACUAACUUAACUGAUUCACUUAACAACUGGUUAAUGGUUGUAAAAUGAAGCAAAGCUCACUUAAUGUCUUGCUUAGCAAUGGAAAUUUUGGACUCAAUUCUGGUCAUGUCAAGGACUACCUGUAUUAUGGAAUCAAUUGAUUAAAUGACAUAAGAUAUGGUGAUGGUAUCGUACAGGAAUAAUGUGAAACUUAUUUGAAUUAAGGGAUUAUAAUAAGAGUUUAUAGAUGAUUUCUAAUGAAUGUUGACAUUGUGAAAUUACUUCUGCUGCUUCAUAGCAGAUAUUGGAGAGUUUCCUUGAAAUAUUACCAUAGGAGUUCCUUAAAGUGGCUAUAUUGCAUGUACCAGCCGACACUAGCAAUAACUUAUCUAAUUUUGCAGAGCUUCUAAAGUUUCAGUUCUAUAUUUAUUUACCUAAGAAUAAGCUGUAAUAAGUUCAACAAAAGUUACUUCUGAUUAGAUGAGAAUUAAGCCAUACCAGGGGUCUUCAAACCUGUCAACUUUUAAGAGUUGUGAACUUCAGUUCCCCAUGCUAGCUGGGGAAUUCUUGGAGUUGGAGUUCACAAGUCUUAAAGUUGAUGAGUUUGGAGACCCCUUUACUACACUUGACAUAUCAUUUUCUUAACCAUGUGGGAAUCAUUUGAUGUAAUUGGUGUAGGAAACGUGAUGUAUAAAAGUAACGUAAUGUUGGUUGCUUCUAAAAGUAUUCCUGCAGUAUCCAUCUUCCAGCUUGAUGCCGGUGCUCAGAGUUUAAUUUUUAAACAGCACAUAACCUUAAGCCACAAAGGUUGGGACAUUGCAUUUGAAGAAACAGGUGGGGUCUGGGUACUGCAGGAGAAUCAGCAAAUACCUCUUCUAUUCUACCAACUUGAGGAUGGACAGUGGCAGCCUGUUAUUGACAAGAAAGAAUUAGUGAAAAUGUCCAAGUACAUAUGUGACCAUUGGAGAAUAUUUGAAGGUGCUAUGGACAAAGAGAGCUGCUUUCAAAAUCUCUACAAGGCUUCUUUUGAUAAUAUGUCCAUUUAUCUAAAAAAGAAAGAAGAGAGACUUCAGCAGCAGAAAAAUAAGAGAAAAGAUCCACAUGAAUCCAGUGAACAGACCAAAAAAGUCAGAACUGAAGAGUUGUCCUGAUAUUACUCAAUGCUUAUCACAUUUCUGAGUUUGGAAGAAGCUGAACAGAAAACAAACUUUUUCUUACGCAUAACUGAAAUUAAAUCUGCCUGAUGGCUAGUGUCAGCAUACCUCACCCCUAACAAAUGGCAAAAGAACUAACCUAAUUAACAAGUCACAUCCCAGUGCCUUUAAGUAACUUGUUUCUAAAUGUAUGUUUUAAAAUGUUGCUUGAAUGACAGUGUUGCAAAUAAUACCUAGAAAAGAAUCGUAACAAAGAACCUUCUCUUCGAAAUCCAGUUGCUCAGAUUUUCAUCCUGAGCCAAGAAUAUGCUUUGUCACAAUGUCAAAUGGACCCAAAUCAUUGCAUAGUGGCAAACUUCUACCCACCCAUCUUUUCCAGGGGCUGAGGUAAUAUAUAUUGUAUAAAGGUAGUCCUUGAUUUAUCACCACAGUUGAGCCCAGAAUUUAUGUUGCUAAGUGAGAAAUUCGUUAAGUGAGUUUUGACCCGUUUUACAACCUUUCUGGUCACAUUUGUUAAAUGAAUCAUUGCAGUUAAAUUAGUAACUCAGUUGUGACUCUGGCUUCCCCAUUGAAUUUGUCAGAAUGUCACAAAAGAUGAUCACAUGACCCCAGAAAACUGCAACCAUCGUAAAUACGAACCAGCUAUCAAGAAUCCAAAUGUCAAUCACAUGACCAUGGGGAUGCUGCAACGGUCAUAAUGGUCCAUUGGUGGUUGUCACUUUUUUCAGUGCGGUUGUAACCGCAUGGUCAAGGAUUACCUGUAGUUAUAUAAGAAAGAAGCUGGCUUACUGCCAUAGUUCAUGGUCAAGCCCAAUUAUCUCUGGAAUUUUGUAUCAGAAGAUUUUGUUGAGUUCACUAGUAGAUAUGAUCUACUGAAUCAUAGAAUCUAUCAGAAGAAACCCCUUAAAAAUGACUUGACUCCAGUUGUCUUUCGUGCAUUUAAAUAAAUAGGUAGAAAAAAUGAAGUGUUAAGAUAGUUGUGCUAUUACAACAGAUAGUGUCGGCAACAAGCUUCAGUGAUGCAAACAUGCACUGUAUUUACCACUUCAUGUCACAAAAUUGCCAUUAAGUACUGAUAACAUCUAACAUAAGUGGCCGUGUUUGUGUCAUAAUUGGCACUGUAGUUAAGUUGACCUCUUAACAAUAAAAAGGUAAAGGAGUCCCUAUGGAUUUUACUCUGCUAGUCGUUGCUGCCUACAGGGGGCGUGCUUAUCUCCAUUUCAAGGCCAUUGAGCCAGUGCACUCAUGUUGCCACAGAAUUAUUCAUUUUAACAAUAAAGGAGUAAUAAACAUUUAUGGAACAUCUAUUUUAGACUGUAUUCUACCAAAGUGAAGUUCUCACUUUUUUUAGUCCAAAGCUUGCAAUUUGAUGUUAAUAACUGCAGUGUUUGAUCAUCAUUAAAAUAGAUUUUGCUAUAUAUGUGAUAGCAAUUUGAAUGCACUUUAUCAGCAUCUUGUUUUGUGUAUUUAAAUCCCAAUUAGUUAAAAUUAAAUGUAAAAUUUGGAUGAUUGUG